UACUACUUCUAACGAUUUCACGAAAGUUAAACUUGAAAUAGCUAAAUGUCUGAUUAUGACUCGUUAGCAUUGAUACGGGUCUGGAGAUUCACGAUCAGCUUGCUAACGUAGCCGUUUGUCACGUCCGUUUUUAUUCGAAUUUCUUAUCAGACCACCCCAUCUUACGAAGCUAAAAUUACAGCAGUACUACUAGCUAGCUACACAGAAGCUGGAAGAAGACAUGGCGCGUCUGGUUGCUGUUUGCAGGGACGGGGAAGAAGAUUUCCCUUUCCUCGCAAGGCAGAUCCCCCUCUACAUCGAUGACACACUCACGAUGGUGAUGGAGUUUUCUGACAAUAUCCUGCACCUUGAAAACCAUCAGAUUAACAGUUCACAGAUGAAACAGUUCAUACAGAAUCACGGCAUGCUGAAGCAGCAGGACCUGAACAUCGCCACCAUGGUGACGUCGCGGGAGGUGUUCAGCGCCCUCUCCCAGCUGGUGCCGUGCGUGGGCUGCCGGCGCAGUGUGGAGCGGCUCUUCUCCCAGCUGGUGGAGUCGGGGAACCCCGCUCUGGAGCCCCUCACCGUGGGGUCCACGGGAGUGCUGUCCGUCACCCGGGCCUGCAUGGCGGACGCCAAGAAGCUCUACAUGCUCUUCUACGUGCAUGGGUCAAAGUUGAAUGACAUGAUUGAUGCCAUUCCGAAAAGCAAAAAGAACAAGCGUUGCCAGUUGCACUCAUUAGAUACACACAAACCCAAGCCUUUGGGCAGCUGUUGGAUGGAUGUGUGGGAGCUCAUGUCUCAGGACUGCAGGGACGAGGUUGUUCUGAUUGACAGUGCCUGUCUUUUGGAAACUCUUGAAACGUACUUGCGCAAGCAUCGGUUUUGCACUGACUGCAAGAACAAGGUACUGAGAGCUUACAACAUUCUGGUGGGCGAGUUAGACUGCAGCAAGGAGAAGGGCUACUGCGCGGCUCUGUACGAGGGCCUGCGCUGCUGCCCCCAGGAGCGCCACAUCCACGUGUGCUGCGAGACCGACUUCAUCGCCCAUCUGCUGGGCCGGGCGGAGCCCGAGUUUGCUGGAGGGUAUGAACGCAGAGAAAGGCACGCCAAAACCAUCGACAUCGCCCAAGAGGAAGUGCUUACCUGCCUGGGAAUCCACCUGUACGAGCGCCUGCACAGAAUAUGGCAGAAACUGCGAGCUGAGGAGCAGACCUGGCAGAUGCUGUUCUAUCUCGGCGUUGAUGCGUUGCGCAAAAGCUUUGAGAUGGCCAUAGAGAAGGUGCAGGGGAUCAGCCGUCUGGAACAGCUGUGCGAGGAGCUGUCUGAGGAGGAGCGGGUCCGGGAGCUGAAGCAGGAGAAGAAGCGUCUGAAGCGCAAGAACCGACGCAAGAACAAGUGCGGCUUCGACGUGCCCGGGCAGGAGGCGGAGGACAAGGAAAAGAGCCUUGACGAGGGUUCUUUGGAGUCCGUGGAGGACGGGUGCAAGGCCUGCGGCACUCCAGAGGAGUUAAACGGCCGAGUGGAAGUCAUCGUCACCAACGAGAGCACCACCUGCAGCUGUCCUGACAGUGCAAUACUGGGAUCGCCAAAUGUCAAGAAAGGCCUGUCAGCCCAUAGCAAUGGCAGCGACUGUGGCUACUCCUCCAGCAUGGAAGGCAGUGAGACUGGUUCCCGGGAGGGCUCCGACGUGGCUUGCACUGAAGGCAUCUGCAACCACGACGAAACGGGGGAAUACGCCUGCAGCCAUCGCUGCGGCGGGGAGAAGGAGGAGGAUGGAGUCGACAGCUGCGUGGAGUGCUGGGCCAACGCCGAGGAGAACACCAAGGGGAAGAAUAAGAAGAAGAAGAAGAAAAACAAAGGUUUAGCGUGCGGCGAGGAGCAGAAUCAGAAAGCCGAGGGCUGCGUUGCCGGGGGAAACCGAACGGGGGCUGCUGGGAAGGUGCACGGCGCGGCGGGCGCUUGCAGAGCCACAGCGACGUGUUCACAGCCGUGCUGCGAGACCCUCGCUCGCAUCGCGCUGCCCUGGGCCGAGCAUCGGAGAACCACGCACUGUUCCGCCGGGCCGCUCCCAGCCGGCCCCUGCACACACCGGGACUGCUGCACAAAGAGCCUCGUGGAUCUCCUCCAUGAAUCUGAAGUCACUUCGGACGAGGAGAACUGUCUGACACAAGACGAAAUCCAGUCCUUCGUGGAAAACAACAAGUCUUUCUACAACAACCGGGAUCAGUACCGACAGCACCUGAAAGAUAGAUUCACCAAGUACUGCCGCUCAAACGAGCAGGAGAAACCAAUCUGCAGCGGGGAGUGGCUGCCCACCGCCAGCGUCAAGUAGUGAUCCACACACCAGACGAGCCCCACUCCUCCUGUCUUUUUAGGGAAAUGCUCUAAACGACCACUGCGCCGCCUUUCAACAUUUCUGAAGUACUUUUGGUGUCUUGUUGAAUGAUUUUUUUGUCAGAAGUGAAUGUGAUUUUUCUUUUGUACUGACCCCCAGCCUCUGACCACCCCGUUGUUUCUUUCUGUCAUUGCUCGUAGGGAUGCUGGUGGAAUCACCGCUGAUUUGAUUGCUCAAGCUUUGCAGGCCGUGACAUUAGAGUAGAUGUGGUAGUCUCUCUUAUGUUUCUCUUCCAUUCUACAUUUAUUGUUUCUCUGACUUCAUUUUAGUGGCAAAUGUUGUACCAAUAAAUGUGUACAGAAAUGAAAUUAUCUGAAUAUAAAGAUUUUACAGAAGACGUCCAUUUAUAAAGAGGUUUGGAUGUCAAUGUUGAGUGCAAUGUGCAAAAUUUACUAAAUAAAGAAUAUUUAUUAA